UCAAGACGUGACCACGCCCCCUUGGAAUACUCUGUGUCCUUCCCGCUUGUGCCCUUAGUUGGACUGACGUAGCAGCAUUUCCGGUUCCUUCUUCUAGCUGCCUGUGACAUUGAGGUAGAUUUGCGGACAGUGAGCUGUUGCCAACAUGUCGGACGAUAUUAAAACAAAGAUCCAGAACUUCAAAACUGCACCUUUUGAUGCACGCUUUCCCAAUCAGAACCAGACUAGACACUGUUUUCAGAACUAUACAGAUUAUUUCCGCUGCCAGAAGUCUCUGACAAGUAAAGGAAAAGAUCCUGAGCCCUGCGAGUGGUACCGUCGUGUGUAUAAAUCUAUGUGCCCCAUCUCAUGGGUGGAAAAAUGGGAUGAGCAGAGGGACGCAGGUACAUUCCCAUGCAAAAUCUGAGUGGCACAUACCCAUCUGAAUUGUACUCAUCUGGUAGUCAGAAGAAUCCUUGAUGCUUGAAUGGUGUUGAUGCAGGAUAUCGUCCAUUUUAAACUAUUUGCAUCUGUUCGCUCAAUGGAGAGCUUCUAGUAAAUUUUGAUUUAUAUGUCAAUAAAAUGUCUUCAAAAUAGACCCUA